AUGCCAGUUGUCUCGGCUCCUACGACCUUCCGCUCCCAAUCUUCUCUAUUGCACUCUUGCAUCUCCCCCAUGAGCACGGUCGAGAUGGAGGUGCUUUCAGAUUCGGACUCGGAAGAGUUUUUCGCCAGCGAGGCUGACGACGAUCCUGACCGUCCAUCUCGAGGGCUGAAUUCCAUCUCGGAAGCCAUUGAAGCCAUCCGACGUGGCGAGAUGGUGGUGGUGGUGGAUGACGAGGAUCGCGAGAACGAGGGCGAUCUGAUCAUGGCGGGCGCGCUCACCACAGAGGCGGACAUGGCCUUCAUCGUGCGGCACUGCAGCGGGCUCGUGUGCGUGGGCGUGGCGGGGGCUGUCUUGGAUCGCCUGGAGCUGCCCCUGAUGGUUAGGAGCCAGGAGAACGACGAGGCGCUGAGGACUGCUUUCACCGUCUCUGUGGACCUGAAGCUGGGAACCACAACGGGCAUAUCGGCAUCAGAUCGAGCCAAGACGGUGCGGGCGAUGGCAGACUACUCGAGUGAACCCUCUGACUUCCGCAAGCCAGGCCACAUCUUCCCCCUGCGAAGCAGAGAAGGUGGUGUGUUGAAGCGAGCAGGGCACACAGAGGCAGCAGUGGACCUCUCAGUGCUGGCGGGGCUGCCUCCUGUGGGCGUGCUCUGUGAGAUCGUGAACGAUGAUGGCACCAUGGCCAGGAUGCCGCAGCUCAAGGUGUUUGCCCGCCAGCACAACCUUUGUCUCAUCUCCAUCGAGGAUUUGAUCAGGUACCGGCGCAAGAGGGAGAAGCUGGUGGAGCGAACUGCAGUGGCACGCCUGCCCACCCAGUGGGGCGUGUUCAACAUCUUCAGCUAUAAGUGCAAGCUGGAUGGCAUAGAGCACGUUGCUAUGGUCAAGGGUGAGAUAGGUGACGGGGUGGAUGUGUUGGUGCGGGUGCACUCAGAGUGCCUCACGGGAGACAUCUUUGGGUCCAGGCGCUGUGACUGUGGGCCACAACUGGAGCAGGCUAUGAAGAGGAUAGAAACGGCGGGGCGGGGCGUGUGUGUGUACCUGCGUGGGCACGAGGGCAGGGGCAUUGGGCUGGGACACAAGCUUCAAGCGUAUAAUCUGCAGGACAUGGGGCGGGACACAGUGGAGGCCAAUGUCGACUUGGGCUUUCCAGCUGAUUCCAGGGAAUACGGCAUUGGCGCACAGAUCCUGCGUGACCUGGGAGUGAGGACGAUGCGACUCAUGACCAACAACCCUGCCAAGUACAUCGGGCUGAAGGGCCACGGUCUGGCAGUCACGGGAAGAGUCCCCGUGCUCUGCCCCAUCACCCCUGAGAAUCGGGCGUAUCUGGAGACCAAGAGGAAGAAGAUGGGUCACAUCUAUGGGUCAGACAUGCCUGGGAGCAUUGCAGGGCUGCUUCGAGAGGAGGAGGCUGCUAGGCGUGCACAGCAGAAGCAAGAGGAUGAGGAGAACAAGGAAGGGCAGGAGAGGAAGCAGGGGCAGAGUGACGGGCAGGUGAAAGGGCAGGAAGAUGGGAAGGAGGAGCUUCUGUUGUGCCAGCUGAAUGGGGCGAGUGUGGGAGGCGAUGGGAGUCCUUUGGAGAGCACUGCGCUCAACACCCCAGAAGAUUGGAGCUAG